AUGCCCCUGGCGGACGGCGGCGCGGACAGAAACACAGAGCAAGCGAACGCCCUCGUCGCACGGAGACGGCCCUCGCGCCCACCGUACGGCCGCGCGAGCCCGCGGCAGUCCCCCAACACGUCGUUCCACGCGGUGGCUGUCGAAUCCCCCCGCGCGCACGUCAUCCCGACGCGCAUGCCCGCGGACAAGGAGCCCGACGCACAAAUGCGCUCCGUGCUCAACGCGGCCUACGCCGCGAACAACGUCAACGCCGCCGGCAGGCAGUGCGGCCUCGCAGUCAACAUUGCAACCCCAGGCUCGGCCUUUCCGCUGGCGCUGCGCAACGGCCUCGAAGGAGGGCUGCUGUUGCCCUCUGACCUGCCGUCAGCCGGGGCGGACGCGAACCUGAGCAUGUCGGCGCUCUUCGGGGAUGCGGGCCUCACGUCGGCGGGCGCGAGCAUGCACGGCGAGGACAAGGCCGGCGGCGGCGGCGGCGGCGGCGGUGGCGCGGGGCGCGCGGGCGGGGACGCGAGCAAGGCCGAGGACGGCACGCAGGACGCGCAUCCGGACGAGGAGCUCGGGCGCGGCCGGCGCAAGAAGCGGCGCACGGCCGCGGUCGGCGGGGGCGUCGUCGAGGACCCCCCCCCGGGCAACGACGACGCCGCGGCGGGGAUGCGCGCCGCGCAGGCGAUGAUGCUCCCCGGCGGCCCGAACGACGGCGAGGGCCGCAAGCGCGUCGUGCGCGUGCAGUCCGAGAGCGGCGUCAUCAACGACGGCUUCAAGUGGCGCAAGUACGGUCAGAAACAAGUCAAGGGCAGCCACUUCCCGCGCAGCUACUACAAGUGCACCGCGCCCGGGUGCAUGGUGCGGAAGCACGUCGAGCGCGACGACGAGGACCCGUCGUACCUCGUCACGACCUACGACGGCGCGCACACGCACGAGGCGCCGAAACCGACGGUCAAGGAGCCGCGGAGCAGGACGUCGCGGCGCGCGCGAGAGAGCAGCGGCGGCGGCGAGGACGCGCCGCCCGGGAUGCCGCCGGCGCCCGCGGGCGUCGUGCGCGGCGCGCCGGGCAACCUGCAGAUGCAGGCUGCGGCAAACGUGGCCGCGCAGUGGGGCGAGGGGCGCGCCGCGGGGCGCGGCGGGCGGCCGCCGCCGCUCAACACCGGCAGCGGCGGAGGCUCGCCGUCGAACCGCUCGGGGGGCUCGCAGUCGCCGCGUAAGAUGUCGCUGCAGGCGCGGCGCGGGCUGCGCGCCGACCUGCAACUCGAAGUCGAGGGCGGCGCGUCGCCGGCCGCCGCGGGCGGCCGCAAGCGCCGCAACGGCGCGCUGAUGCCGGACCACGAGGUGGCCGAGUGCCUGGUGUCGCUGAACUCCCCCGGAGGCAACUCGCUUGCGGGCAACGCAGGGCUCGUGGACCCCACGGGGGGGCCUGCGAGCUGCAACGCGGGGUUCCGGCCGCCGCAGAUGGGCGACCUGGCCGCCGACGGCGGCAAGCGGUUCGCGGGCGGCGGCGCGGGGGACGCCCGGCAGCUUGCGCCGGGCAUGUUGCCCAACAUGGACGACUUGUCCGCGACGCCGUGGACGUCGAGCCUGCUGGCGAUGCAGGCGGCGGAGCAGCAGCGGCAGGCGUUCGUGCAGCUGGCGAGCCAGCCGCGGGUGCACCAGGGCGGGGAGCAGGGCGGCACGACGGCGAGCCUGAUGAACACGCUGGUCAAGCACUACGUGUCCAGCGCGGCGCAGGGCGGCGAGGGCGCGCACGCGGGCCUCACGACGGAGCAGGCGCUGAUGGCGGACCUGCUCGCGUCGCCCGUGGGCAUGGCGCAGGUGUUUCAAGCCAUGGCCGCGCCGCCGACCAGCGGCGCGGAGGGCGCGGCGGGGGGCGGGGAGGCGAAGCGCACGACGAGCUUGCAGCAGAUGGCCAAGUGGGUGCGCGGGGGGGACCCGCCCGGAGACACCCCCCUGAGUCACUUCAACCCGGGGUCUUUGCUCAACACCCCCAACACCGGCGUCAGCAACGCCGCGCUGGGCGAGGCGCUGAUGAAGGCCUCGAUGGACGAGGGGCACCUGGUGUUCGCGAAGGCGGUCGGCGAGGCCGCGGCCGCCAUGAGGCAGGAGCACGAGCGGCUGCUGAAGCAGCAUGGUGGGCCGGAGCAGCCGCAGGGAGGGCAGGGGGCGCAGGACGGCGGCGGGCAGGCGGGGCCGGGCGAGGACGAGCAGAAAGAGGGCGCGCAGGGAUAG